ACUCGCCACAGCUAAGGCAACCCAAAAGGUCCUUCAUUUAACAUUCUCAUCAGACAGCAUUCAAUGCCGCCAAAAUCUCCUUAAAAUCCUUCUCACACACCCUUCCCAUUCCCUCAGCCAUUCUCAAACUCACAACAAUUUCCUCCUUCCCUCCCUUCUCCUCCCAACCACACUCACAAUAUGUUAUCCUCAAAACUCCAUAGUAUACACAAUUCAUUCCAACUAUCUCAACUCCAAAUCUUUUUCAUAUUGCUGAUCAUAAUUUUGGCCGGAACCAUCUAUUUUAUGUGCCGCCCACGCCCUGUUUACCUCUUAGAUUAUGCUUGCUUCAAACCACCGGCCACUCUUCGUGUAACCUUCUCAACAUUCAUGGAACACGCCAGCCAAGUCGAUUUUUUUGAUGAGAAAAGUGUCAAGUUCAUGAUGCGCAUACUCGAACGCUCCGGCCUCGGUGAAGAAACCUGUGUACCUCCACCUAACCACUGCAUUCCUCCCAAUCCUAACAUGGAAUCCUCCCGCUCAGAAGCCCGCACUGUGAUCUUCUCCGCCAUUGAUGAACUCUUCUCCAAGUCCUCCUCCAUUCAACCCAAGCACAUUGACAUCCUCAUCGUUAACUGCAGUCUUUUUUCUCCAACUCCAUCUCUUUCAGCAAUGAUAGUUAACAAGUACAAUCUCCGUAGCAAUGCCCGCACCUUCAAUCUCUCCGGCAUGGGCUGCAGUGCCGGUGUCAUCUCCAUCGACCUCGCACGUGAGCUCCUCCAAGCACACUCAAACUCCAUCGCACUUGUCAUCUCAACCGAAAUCAUCACACCUAACUACUACGCCGGCACUGAGCGUGCAAUGCUUCUCCCCAAUUGCUUGUUCCGUGUUGGCGCUGCCGCUGUUCUCCUCUCCAACCGCCGUCGUGAUUCUGUCUUGGCAAAGUACCGUCUUAUGCAUUUAGUACGCACGAACAAAGGCACCGAUGACAAAGCUUACAGAUGUGUAUAUGAAGAAGAAGACUCUAAAGGAAACGUCGGCAUUUCACUAUCAAAAGACCUAAUGGCUAUCGCUGGUGCUACGUUGAAAUCCAACAUCACCACCAUUGGCCCCUUAGUUCUACCUGCUUCUGAACAACUUCUCUUUCUUUUAGCAUUAGCUCGUCGCAAACUCAUUAACCCAAAAUGUAAACCAUAUAUUCCAGACUUCAAACAAGCUUUCGAUCAUUUCUGUAUUCACGCCGGUGGGCGUGCAGUGAUCGAUGAGCUCGAGAAGAACCUGCAACUCUCGUCCGGGCAUGUAGAGGCUUCACGCAUGACACUGCACCGGUUUGGCAACACGUCGAGCAGCUCGCUUUGGUAUGAGCUGAGCUACAUCGAGGCUAAGGGGAGGAUGAAGCGCGGUGAUCGUGUGUGGAUGAUUGGGUUUGGUAGCGGGUUCAAGUGCAACAGUAUGGUGUGGAAGUCCAUACGCACUGUUAAAACGCCGGUGACUGGCCCUUGGUCUGAUUGCAUUCACAGGUUUUGGCUUGGAGAUGGAGAUUGAUGUUUAAGGGUGUGGUGACAGUGAUGUUGUGGGUUGGUUGAAGCAGGUUGUGGAAUUUAUUCAAAAACACUCAUUAAAGAGGAAUUUAUAUACAAGAAUGAAUGUGAGCAGAGGUGGUAGGAAUUCAUCAAUGUCUGCAGCAUAAAAGUCCACCUAAGAUUUAUUUCAUAAGCCUGGAGAGGAACGCGGGAAAGAAGAUUCACAGAAUACGUCACCAUACUUUUAUUGCGUUUUAUUUUUUUCAAUCCUCCAAAUAAUCGAUGGUCUUUAAGUAAUAAUACGUAGUAGAUGUUUCCCCUCUGCAUGCAUUGAGCUAUAUAAAACAUUAAGACAAUCAAGAGAAUAAAAAAAAUUGAGAAAACUUAUGCACAAA